AGAACGGUUAUGUGAGGCAGGUGUUAAUCAAACUGUUAUUUGGAUUUUUACGUUUCUCUUCUUAGAGAUAGGACAUUUUCUUGUCGCAAUGGUAUUCCAAAAAUAAGGAUAGAACUACACGCUAAUUAAAUCAAAUGAUCAUUUGAUUGCAGUGUUUGUUGGUGUGAAGUUGCGGCUGUUUUGGAAUUACGUAGUGAAAACCACCAUUGCAUUGCAGAAGUACAAAGUGAAUAAAACUACGAAUUUAUUGAAUUUAUGGCUCGGGUUAGGUUUAGUUCUUGGUAGAACUGACGGGAAUUAAAAAGCAGAAUAAACAUUACAGGAUAUAUUUUUCAAUAUAAAAUGUGACAAAGGCAAAUUUGUUUGAAAAGAUAAAAUAUUAUAGUGACUUAGUGAUAGACUCUGAAUAUAUAGAAUGAAUAGAGGUACAAUUCACUAUAAUUCAGUAAUAGUCUAAUUAAUAGAAUACAUAGUUAUAGGCCUAUAGUAUUUAUAGAUGGCAAAUGAGGAUUUAGGAUUUUCCUAAAGUUCAUCGGAAUUGGUUACAGUUACAAAUCAGAACUAAAAUGCCUUGCAGGGGCAAACAGAGUGUUAAAGUCAAUGACUCUUUGGCUAAACCAACCCAAGAGGACCAACCCUCUGACCACAGGUGUAAUCUGAUUACAGAUGUGAGAAGGCAGUCCUUAAAUCUGCCAGUGACACAACCAGGUGCUGUGAGUGUCGAAAAUAAGGAGAAUAUUAACAAUGCAAAGGUCAAUGGUGACAAAAAAAAAUCCCCAGGUUUCUGUAGAGGAGAGAAAAGUGUGGAUGUGAAAGAGUCAAAAACGAAGCAACUUGUCGGUUCCAAAGUGAAUUUGAAGGAAGAAGUUGUGAUUAAUACAAAAGCUGGUGAAAGUAAAAAGGGAAAUUCUAAAAUAAAUGGUGCCAGAAAAUCAUCAGGGUCAUGCAGGGGACAGAAGAGCGUUGAGGUUAGGCCGUCUUUAAGUAGCUCUCCCCAACAAGAAGAAACUAACAAAAAUUCGAGUAAUGUUACCAAUGGAAAUAACAAAAUUAGCUCGACUAAGUCAGGGCCAUGCAGGGGUCAAAGAAAUGUUGAUGUCAAGGACACUUUAUCCACCAAACCGAGUGAAACGAACAAAAGUGAUACUGAAGUAGAGACACAAAAAAAGGAUGUUAAGAAAACUAAAACUGUUACCAAAGAACAAUCAGCCCUUGAUGAUGGUAGGAGUGAUGUCAAGAUAAAAGCUGAUAAUGCGUUGAGCGGUUCCGGAGCUCUACCGGAGAAGAAACCGCCCACAGGUCGGGCUGGCCUGUGUAGUGGAGGAUCAAGUUCACAUUUGAAGGACUCUCUGAAACCAUCGAAGAAACAAGUAGAGAGGAAUGAGGCAAAGAAGAUUAAUGAUGGGAUGUUUGAAGAAAAGGUACUUCAUGUAGAGGAGCAAGAGGAGUUGUUAGAUGAGGAAAUGGAGGAUGACAUUGUGGAAGAGAUGGAAACAGAUGAAGAGGAAAUUUAUAUCACAUCUCUUCCCCCACCACCUAGCAUUAAAAAAUCAAAAAAGAAGAAAAAGAAACAGGCAAGGAAUAAUUAUGAUGAUUUUGAAAUGCUACUGGAUUGUUUUUUAUUCUAUCACUGUAUGAUGUUGAAUUAUUGUUUUGUUUAAGUUUAUAUGAAAAAUUAAAUGCUUGUAAAUUAUAGCAGACAGUCUAGUUACUGCUGCCAUUUAAAGUCUGUGAUUUUUAAAACUCUCAGUAUUGCAGCAACUAAUUUAUUUUGAGUAUUGGACUUAAUCAGUUUAAAUUAAUUGUUAACUAAUUAUAAGAGUAUUUAGCUGCAAUAAAGCUUUUGAGCAGAUUAAUGAGACAGAAUUUGUGUAAAUAAAACAAUGAAGGUUAAGAUUUAAUUUACACGUUGGCAUUUGUAUUCUGUAUAACCAAAAUUAAAGCUUAACUUAUAUGUUUUAUUUACAAAAAUUGUUUGUGUCUCAUUAAUCUAAAUUAAUUGCUGUUUUUUUUAGUGUCAUAAAGCUUUAAGUGUUAUUCUUGGUUUCAAAAUUAAUCACUGGUUUUAUGUUUUCUUCCACUCAUAUUAAAAUUAUAGGCUACAUUAAAUUACAUAAAUAUACUGACAAUGCUGUGUAAAGUUAUUACCGUUGAGCUCAUACAUUUAAAAUAUUCUUUAUGAACACUUUUUGUAAGAAUUUUUAUUUAUUAAAUAUUAAUUAAUAUUAUGUAUUUCAACUGCUUCCAGAGAUCUAGUGAAUAUGUUGAUGAUGAACCAGAUAAAGAAAGGUCGCUGCCCAUUGGCUCACGUAAAUACAAGUAUGCAGUGACACCAGAGGAUACAGUAAAUGACCCCUUGUACAGUUCUAUUGAGAAGAAACCCCCUGUUAAAGUACCAAGAAAGACAAAGUAAGCAGAAUCAUGAUCUUCUUAACCAUAGUUUUUAAAUGAGGGAUACACAUUUUCUAUUCACACUGUCUUUUUCCUUUUUAAAUUUUACCUGAAAUAAACAACAACAACUAAGUUUCACUUUAUUUUUAGAUAUAUAUAAGGCAUCCUUCCACCUUCGCGAGACAUAGACAAUUCAUCAAAUGGUUGACGAGACCCAUCCUGGAUUGGCAGUCUCGGCUGCACUUCUCGCAAGAGAACCUUGACUCCUGGUUAAAUUUGACUAUCCAUAAUGCUAUUUUUGUUGCAAGGGCUUUGUUUCAUGGAUACUUUCCUUGCUUUACAAAAAAGCUCUGCUCCUAAGGUACUUAACCUGGGGGGGGGUUUUAUGAAGACCAGCUGUUACCUGAAGCAGCAGAUUUCCACGCUCCACGCAGCCAGCGGAUGCAAGGGAAUGACACCUGACAAUACAACUAGGCACUAACUGCAUCACAUGAGUUGCCAAAAUGCCAUUGGUAUCGGAGCCAUAUCGACUUCAGGACCCCAUCUUUGGAAUUUACAGUUUCGGUGCACUCCCCAUAGUCUUACUUUUGCUUCCCAUAUACAUUUCUAUUGAUACUUAUUUGACACUUAUCCAUUUUUCGUCAAUUUCAGUCCACACUCAAAUUUGCGAGUCAGCCAUCUUGUUGCUAACUAGAAGCUAUAUAUAUAUUUAGAUAAAAGCCUACAUUAUUAAAAAGAAAAAAUAAACUAUUUUAGUUAUCAGACUUUGCAUGAAAUUACAUGACAUAUAGAACAGAGCUUCAAAAAAGCAAAUAGAAAUAACAUAAAAAGGGUUUGCCUGUUGAUAUGUGGGUGAAUUCCUGAAAAUUUUGAAAAGUACCUGUGUAGAAACUGUGUGAAUUAGUGAACCCAGAGAUAUUGUUACUUUGGUUAUUUCUGUCACUAACUACUUUUCCAUGCAGGAGUGGCAUACAGUCAUCUGCUGAAGCUCAGGCAGCCAAUGUUGAAGAUGAAAGACCAACCAGAGUUGCUCGCCAGGACACACCCCAGAGGAAGAGAAAAAAGAAACCGUUGGACAGUGGUCAAGGUAGAUAA